ACAAACUCUAACAUCUUGUCUCUUUAUCAUUUUUGAUAAUGAUAUUGAUAAAAUUGAAUUUGAUAAACAUGAGGGGGGGUAUAGGAGCCUUUCGAUAACGGCGUUGAAUUAAGCUCAGGGGACAGCCGCAAUGUUUUUAUAAAAAGAGACCAAGUGACUUGCUCUGAAACUAGGUCUAUAUGUAAUCCAGAUAGUCCCGUCUAUUCAUGUCAAAUGUAUCGAUUUCUGUGCAUAAUUCGGUGAACAUGACACAUCCUGUCAAACCAUUCUGCUAAAAAAAGACAAUGAAGACGACCUUUCGAAGCGGUAACAGUAGGGUUAUACUUUAUGUCUUAAUCAAGAACAGGAGCUAAGGCAAUGCUGUGCUAUUCAGUACAAUAGACGAGCCAAUGAAAUUCUAAUUCAACUCAACGGAAAAGUAGGAAAAAAGGAAACAGUGGUGCCAAGUUAAGAAUGAAGAGAGAGAAGACCCAAAUACCUGUUACAUUAUCGACCAAAAAAGCAAAUGCUAAAUAGAAAUAAAAGGCCGGAAGAGAUAAGAGACGUGGGAUUUAUCAUUGAUACUUAUCGAAAAUUUCAAAAUCAAAUUGCCACUUGUGUAACAAAAUUAAAGGCGUUUUCCUUUCAAUAAGAAAAAAAAUCAAGUUUUUAAACAUUGAGACUUUCAAAACUUUGUACAUAGCUUUAGUUAGACAAUUAUCAGAAUCUGGAGGCCAAGCCUAUGUCCUGAUGGUCUAUGUUUAUCUCAAAGUCGUUCUUAACGGAAAAAGGAUAAUUAGGCCAAGGAAAAAGAUAUUGAGGAAAAAAGGAUAAUUGGACCAAGCAAGCGUUGUUUUGUCACUGAUGAGAUUUUUAGUGACGUCUCAUUUGCCUCAUUUACCAAAAGCUUUCACUAGAUUCCCCCUGACAAAGCGAUGUCUCUAUAUGAUCCAUUUACCGGAAACCGUGCACUGAGACCCCAAGACGGAGGUGAAAGUCAAUGGGAAACUGAGUGUUCUUCUACGCACAGAUAUCUGUGUUCUAAGGUCGAAAAAGAUAAGCAGUAGGAUUACUGUGGGAUUCUUGCGGUUCUUGCGAGGCCCAAUAUUGCGAUAACACCAAAGCAAGCUUGGAUUACUUCAUUUUGAUUCAGGACUCAGUUAGAAUAUAACUAACAAACUCUUUUAUUACGUGAAUAGCAAGCUAGCGGAUGUAACUGGUUUCCAAUUUCAAUUCUUUGUUCAGCAUUCACCUGAGAAAUUAAAGUCAAGUUGAAGCAGUUACAUGGAGAAAUAAGAUUUCCUUUGGGAAGCAAACAAAAGCUAGAUACAACUGAUAUAUGUUGCUUGUUGGAGCAAAAAUAUGCUGCUUGGUGUACUACACACGGUGAAAUAGCGCUUAUACUAUCAAAUAAAUAUCAUGACAGAGACAAUCGCUCUUACUACAUGGUGUUUCUGCUGCUAAUGGUUUGGUACGUUUUUGAGAAAGAAUUACUCAUUGCAGUUUUAGUCUAGUCCUUUUUUAAUUAAAAAAACAUUUAUGCUAAAAUAGGACUGGUCGGUGGAAUAUGCUGAAGAAGAUAGAAAUGGAUUUCUCAGACUUUUGGCUUGGUCGGAGGCUUUAUGAUUUAUGAAAUGGUGGGAGUUUUCUUCAGCAAGAAAAUAUUUGCCUGAUAAAGAUGAAUGUUUCUUUUGAGCAGCGAAAUCACCCCUGAUGCGGCCUGCACGGUCUAAAUAUAUGUGAGAGAAAGAUCCAGAGAAGAAAAACUUUGAUGACGGCAAAAUUCGAUAAGAGGUGUCAUAAAACUAGAUCGCAAUCAAGUGGAUGUUAAAAUGGAAGCAAAGACCAAGAUUGUGAUACUUGUCAUGAUGUCAGUUUUUUUGAACUUGGAAACAGAAGCAGCUACUUUGCCAUCGAUGCCUGGCCUCUGUUACAUAACAGGGUAUUUUGCUGUUCACUCUCCUCUGUACCGAGACGGAAGAAGAUAUUGUGGGACAAUCAACAUUCAAGAUGGCGUCCUUCUCCUCGAGGCUUUCCGUUACGCAAUCAACGUUACAAACAAUAUCGGACUGCUACCAAAAUCCUUUACAAUUGGCUAUCAAGUUUUUGAUACGUGCAAAAGCACUUCGGAGUUAAAGAAGCACUUCAUUCCAACAAUAUUAGCUAACAAUAAGAUCCUUGGAGUUGUAGGCCCUUACACGUCAAGUGCGUCUGUCCUUGCUGCAAAUGUUUUCAGUUUAUUCCACACAACAGAAAUAAGCUACCGUGCCAGCAGCCUCGAGCUGGAAGAUCGUGGUAGAUACCAGAACUUCUACAGAACUGUCCCCUCGGAUAGAUACGAGGCCGAGGCAAUAGUCGAUAUUCUAUUAAAACAUAAGUGGACGUACGUAUCUUGUGUCAGCUCUCAUGAAAAGCAGCUGGGGCUUCUUGUUUUAAAGUCACUUAUAGAAAAAAAAGGUUGCUGCAUCGCCAAUCAGGUGUUGUUGCCAGAAAUUCCCGAGGUAUCAUCAUAUGACGAUGCUAUAGAUUCUGUCACAUCAAAUGCAAAAGUCAAAGUAAUAAUUCUGUUCACAACAAGAGAGGACACUUUGCAGCUUCUGCUGUCAGCUAAGAAAAGAGGCUACACCAAUAGGGAGAUAGUUUGGAUAGGAGGGACAGGAUGGGGAAACCUAAUGCUACCGAGCAAUUUAGGCCCACUAGGACAUGGCUCCAUUUCAUUGCAUUAUAAAUCGCACAAGUAUGACGAGGAAUUUAUAGACUAUUUUAAGUCUUUGAACCCCAGUAAAAAUACUUACUUGGCUUUCAGGGAAUUUUGGGAGGCAGUCUUUGAAUGUACGUACAGUACUAGUGACCGCACAAAACCACCUUGUACUGGACGUGAAAAGCUUACCGAGGGAAAAGGCUUGCCCCAAUUAGCAUCUCUAGGACCAGUAAUGGAUGCAGUGUUUAUUUAUGCGCAGGCGUUGAAGAUCGGUCUAGAAAAAACAUGCGGAGAAAACAUCACUCCGAAAUGCUUUUCAACUCAUUUUGACGGAAAUAUUGUCAACUGGAUUAGUACAAGUCUCGCUAACGAAAAAUUCAAGAGUUUACAUGAAAGCUCGAAUAUAUCAUUUGAUGCUGUUGGAGGGGUUGAAGGAAAGUUUGAAGUCUUGAACCUGCUUUGGAAAGGAGACCGUUAUGAAUAUCAGAAAAUUGGCACGUGGGAAUCGAGUGGUAAUGUCCGAUUAGUUGUUGUUAGAAACAUGACAUGGCCUAACGGAGAAUCCGGUAUUUUUAUUUCGCGGUGUAGCGAGCCUUGCAAACGGGAUAGGGGAGAAGUCCAACUAUCAACUUUAUCAUUAAAAGGAAUUAGCUGUUGCUGGAACUGCAAAUUGUGCAAACCGAACGAAAUCAUUUCAACAAAUGAAUCCUGUCAACCCUGUAGUGAAGGCUUCAAGCCUAAUACGGCGCGAGAACGAUGCGACAAACUUGCUGAAGAUCAUAUAUCAUUUACACAUCCGGUCGGAAAAAUUGCAAUCGCUCUUUCCGUUGUCGGAAUAUUACUUACAACAUUUGUAUUGGUUCUUUUUGUAUGUCGAAGUAAGUGUCCGGUUGUCAAAGCAUCUAGUAGAGAACUGAGUUACGUCAUGCUCCUGAGCCUUUACAUAUGCUUCACAGCGGCUGUAAUUUUUCUAACACCACCAUCGAAAAUCAUAUGCAGUAUUCAACGUUUCAUUGCAGGACUGAGUUUGAAUCUAUGCUACGCAUCCUUACUUUUAAAAACAAACCGUCUAUACAGAAUUUUCAAGAACGCAACACUCUCAGUGACAAAGCCUUCCCUUACCAGUCCUACGUCGCAGCUUGCGAUAGUCCUCGGGAUUGCAUCUAUUCAAGUCCUACUCGGAGUUGUUUGGUCUAUAGGUGACCCACCGAAAGUAUCCCGACAUUAUCCUGAUGAUAAAGACUAUGUUAUGAUAUAUUGCAAUACAGAUGCGACCAUAUUAAAUGUUAAUUUGUGCGUCUGCCUAAUCCUGAUGCUUGCUUGUACGUUUUUCGCGUUUAAAACGCGGAACUUCCCGAAGAACUUUAACGAGUCGAAAAGCACGAUGCUCACGAUGUAUGCUAGUUGUUUCGUAUGGGGCGUCUUUCUACCGAUUUUUAUACUCUCCGAUAACAAGAGCAACUACACAAGAACUUACACAAUUGUUCUCUUUUGUGAUAUAAUUGCCUACGUAACUUUAACUGGCCUGUUUGCACCAAAAGUCAGGAUGAUCCUUUGUCCUAGGAGUGUCGUCGAUGAGAGCUCUGGUGGCGUGCCAUCUCGCGCGGAAAUCCGUACAUUGAAAAAAAAUACAUUCAUGUCACGUGCAAUCAUCUCUUCAUAUCCAGCCGUCACAUCACAAUAUAUAGACGCUGUGGAGGAGUCAUCUCCUGACCAUGAAAAUGACGGACAACAUCAAUCCACAUCAACAACAGAUCUGCAUCUAUGAUUACUGUUACCAAGAAAAUAUCCAGCAACGUGAUUAUGCGAUUUCCUAGAAAAGCAAAAUGCUACACGAUAUUUCUGAGAAAAUCAACUCCCAGCUCGCUCUUCCUAUAAAAGUUGACGUAUGGCUUACGGUAAUCGGAACAUGAAUUGAAUUCUCAAAUAAUUGAACCUGCCCUAUGAUCUGUAAAAUAUAAUGUUGAAUUUAGAGCUGAGCUGAGCUGCAGUGCUGAGAGCAUGUAGCCAAUUUCAACAAUUUAAAAAUAACAACUUCCUUAGCAUGUCUCUUUACAAGAAAACUCUCUAAAAAAAUUCUGAUAAAUGAAUACAAUCGCUCUCUCUUUUUUUGCCUCCCUGAUAAAAUUCUUCUGAAAAAUUAAUGAUCUUAGAAACACAGUGUUUGAUUUCCUUUCUAUCGUUGUUUUUAUUGUAAACCAGAUAUCCAUAUUUUCUCAAUGAAAGCUUUUGUUCAAAGGCCCUUUAGGACUCUUCACCCUGUUUCUAAUUUCAAAUGAAUUAUAAGAGGUUAGCAAUGGCCCUUAUCUUUAGGUUCAUUCAAACUCAAUUAUAUCUGCGCCAGUUUUCCUUUGCGACAUUUUUUUGUAUGACGACAAAAAUGACGAGGGAACGUUGUUUGUUGAAAAAUAUUUGCGAAUAAAAUUGUUAUAUCAAAUAUAUUUCCACUAGUUAAUUCGACAAAUAUGAAAUACUUUUUUUUGUUAGAGAAAAGGUUUACAGAGCUUGAUUAAUAGGUAUUUGAGAAAAACGUGAAAGAAUGUUUGUAUUCAUUUUGAAUUUUUGCUGCAUCUUUAUUAUUCUUAAAAGUUCUUACCCGACGUGACAAAGCAGUUUCAACAUCAGGAAAAGAUAGAUGGUUUUGUAGUUUUCAACCAGGUAACGGUGCGUGACUGGUUAGGGAGCGUAACUUUAGACAUGGCAUCUUUUAAGUUAGAGCUGGCAAACUGCCAAAGAAAAAAGGUCUUGAAAACGAAUCGCUUAUUUUUUAUCCGUAGGCACGUCUUCUGGAGCUUUCGGACGAAGCUGAAACAAGGCGCUGAAAUAAAGAAUUCCUACAAACAGCAGAUUCUCUGUUUAAAUGGUUUUAGCAUCUGUCAAAAUAUUUCUAGCACCACUCUUAAACUACUGCUAGAAAAAGUAACGUCUCCUCUUCUAUGCCUUUGGGUGUAGGCCAUGUCACUUAGUGUAACAAACGCAAUAUACAUGCAACUAAUGCAUUACAUACGUAAAAGCCAUCUGGUGCGGCUGACGCAACAUAAUUGCAACAAAUGCUCUUAGGACAAUAUGCUGGGCAACAAUAAUCCUUUUCGUAGAAUAAAGUUUAAAAUUAGAAAUUAAAAUUAUUAUUUGUCUUUUUAUAAAAAUGUUCCCCUUUCUCGGUUUCCAUUUUUGUCAUGUUUGCAUGGGUCUAGACCAUCACAAAAUCUUUAUUCUCCUGAGGUUCCAGGAGAGUCGCAAAAUCUUUCAGGAGAGUUGCGAUUUCACUAUGGCCGAAACAGAGUUCGCAACUAGAGCUACUGUUUGCGUGCAGUUAGAAGGCGGUAUUCGUAAUUUUUUUAAAAAAGUUCUUCCCGAGAAAAAAAACCACAGCAAACAAGUAAAAGCACAGCUAGAUACAUAUGUAAAUGAUUUUAGAUAAACAAUGUUUCGAAAUCAGCGAAGAUAACUGUCCGUUUCAAAAUCUGUAUGGUUUCAAUAACGCGUUGCUAUGUGUAUCCAAGACUAGGUUGUGAUCCAUUAUGGCGGCAAUAAGUUGGUCACGUGACAGGUGGUAAUAAUUUAUUACCGCGGUCAGCUGAGAUUUUUUUACAUUUGCUAGAUUUUGUGUGAAAAAUGUUUUCCGCAAGGCACAAGAAAAUUUCAAAAACUAUUAUUCAAAUAGGUAGAGCUUUUAGGCCUAUUCUUAAAUAUAUGAAAUGUAUGAAAAAUGUUUUCCGCAAGGCACAAGAAAAUUUCAAAAACUAUUAUUCAAAUAGGUAGAGCUUUUAGGCCUAUUCUUAAAUAUAUGAAAUGUAUGAAAAAUGUUUUCCGCAAGGCACAAGAAAAUUUCAAAAACUAUUAUUCAAAUAGGUAGAGCUUUUAGGCCUAUUCUUAAAUAUAUGAAAUGUAUGAAAAAUGUUUUCCGCAAGGCACAAGAAAAUUUCAAAAACUAUUAUUCAAAUAGGUAGAGCUUUUAGGCCUAUUCUUAAAUAUAUGAAAUGUAUGAAAAAUGUUUUCCGCAAGGCACAAGAAAAUUUCAAAAACUAUUAUUCAAAUAGGUAGAGCUUUUAGGCCUAUUCUUAAAUAUAUGAAAUGUAUGAAAAAUGUUUUCCGCAAGGCACAAGAAAAUUUCAAAAACUAUUAUUCAAAUAGGUAGAGCUUUUAGGCCUAUUCUUAAAUAUAUGAAAUGUAUGAAAAAUGUUUUCCGCAAGGCACAAGAAAAUUUCAAAAACUAUUAUUCAAAUAGGUAGAGCUUUUAGGCCUAUUCUUAAAUAUAUGAAAUGUAUGAAAAAUGUUUUCCGCAAGGCACAAGAAAAUUUCAAAAACUAUUAUUCAAAUAGGUAGAGCUUUUAGGCCUAUUCUUAAAUAUAUGAAAUGUAUGAAAAAUGUUUUCCGCAAGGCACAAGAAAAUUUCAAAAACUAUUAUUCAAAUAGGUAGAGCUUUUAGGCCUAUUCUUAAGGCCAAACACAAACCACAAAGCUUUU